AUGGAAGGCACAAUCGGUUUCUUGCCGAGAAAUUCACAGGCAAAUUCUAUAUCCGAAUUCCACCAUGAAUCUUUGUCGAAUCCCAAAACAUUCAUACGAUUAUUAGAACUUGACAAUGUCGACAGGGAAGAUACGACGACCGAAUUACGUUGUAACGUUAGCACGUGGCAUGUUGACCACACACCACCAUACCAUGCCAUAUCCUACGUGUGGGGCAGUCCAGAAUUCAUCACAACUAUAAAUAUUGACGGGAGAAGUCUAACAAUAAAUAAGAAUGCGGAUUACGCGUUGCGACAAGCAAAAUGGUUUGGCGUCCGAUAUGUUUGGAUGGAUUCCAUAUGUAUCGACCAAUACAACAUCGAUGAGAAAGGUGAUCAAGUGAAGAUGAUGGGGCACAUAUAUCGAAACGCUUCCUGUGUCUUGGCUUGUUUAGGUUCCCAUGGUGAUGACAGCGAGCUAGUGAUGAGAUUUUUCUGCAAAGCCAAGGUCUUUAAGCCAGGAAUUGGCCAUAUCGAUGGAGCCUCUGGGCUUACUGUCAUAAAACAUACAAUUGAAUCUCUGAUAUGGGCCAUCAAGACCCAAGACGUCAGAAAGAGAAGGCUUCGCAGAGCAUUCUUCACCUUCAUGGAGAGACCCUACUUCAAGCGAGUAUGGAUCUUGCAGGAAGUUUCCAUUGCUGGAACUGUGAUUGUUUGUUGUGGAAGUGAUCAUCGUCCCAUUGGCGAGCUUUACACACUUCAUCACAAGCUACACAGUCUGAUAGUGAACACUGGGCCACUUUACUCGUAUAAUCUUUUGAUCAUCAUUGCUUUCUUGACAAUGCAUCGACAAAAGAUGACACGAGCUUCCAUAGUAGCCUGGCAGGACAGCGGCUGCGAUCCUGCUUCAAAUUCUUGUUGGGGUUACUGUGCAGAUCCUUGUUAUCGAUACUUGGCAUAUGGGGCGAGCAAAGCAGAUCGGCAUUUUCUUUUGCUCCCUCUAUUAGAGUUGACACGAGACUUGCAAUGCCAAGAUCCCCGCGACAAGAUAUAUGGAGUUCUCUCAAUGGUUGAUUGGCAAGAUGUGUUGCCUAUUGCGCCAGACUACACCGCAGAUAUUUUUGAACUAGCAGUUCUGGGAAUGACUAGAAUAAUCGAACAAUCGAAAUGCUCGGAGGGACAUUGCUCAGAAGAAAGUUGCUAUCGAGCAGCAUUACCACUUGCUUACUCACUCGCGCAGAGUAUGAAGCUAUCCCUCGCACAAAAAGCUCCAGAGAGCGUUGAUAUACAUCAGCACGCAGAAAGAGACAUCAACCUUGAUGAACCUAUCAAUUCAAAUGCAGAAGACGUAGAAUGGUUUUCUUGUAGAAUUUUAAAAGGUACGGACAACAAUUGGAAGCUCGAUGUUCGACCAAAUUAUAAGUUUCAUAAGAAGCACAUAGAAGGGGAAUUGGGGUGCAUGUUUCAUCAUAAUAAAAGCGGUCGCCGGCCAAAACUGAUCUUAUCUGAUUUCGAAGGGGAGAUCCCGGAAGAUUAUGUCAAAAUUAUGGACAAUGAAGGCGGCCUGGUAGCGCUGCUACCCAAAGCUACACAGCGAGGAGACCUGCUCGUGACUCAAGCGUACGCAAAUUUUGACCGCAAUGAGCCAACUAAGAUCAAAUACCAAAUGCCUCGCUACCUAGUAUUACGAGAACACAAGUCGAGCCGUCAUUCAAUAAUCGGGCAAGCUAUAGUUGUGGGAGGAUGUGUGGCCUCUAGUGCUACUAUUGGCCCAUGGUUCGACUUGCAAUUUGACGUCCGCGACGCGCUUAACUUGACGAUCUCUUGGGCACAAUGUUCCGCCUACCAAGAAAAAGAUCUUUCUUUGCUGACUUGGCCUAUGGCAAAAGAGUUAUUAGAUCUGAAGGUCUGUCGGGGCCCAUUAUCUUCAUUCGCAUCUGAGGUAUUGCAUAACCCGAGGGCAAUCGAUAACAAAUGGCGUGAGAAACUUGGACUUGAUCCUUGGACGGCGGAAAAGUCGGGACGACUUAGCACGAGACUCAGAAGGUGGAUGAUAAGAUAUGUAGCUCAAGGCGGAAUGAGGCGAGCAAGAAGAAACGCCAGAUUUGCACUGCAAAAUUGGAAUAAGUCUUGA